ACCGACGAUCGGAUCGAGUCGCUGUGCUCGGAUGUCGACAAGAAGCUCGACGAAGCGGAGGAAGCGUUGCUCGAGUUGAUCGCAAUCGCCCGGAGAGCAGCUGAGAUUCGCAAGUCGUCGUUGAAGCUAGGCACAUCACGGGUCGCCGGCUUAACGCAGAACGCGAUCAAGAAGUUAGCGCGAGAGCGCUACACUACCGUUAACGAGCGGGCUGGCGAGGCGCGCUUGCUCAUCAAGAACGCUACCGAGGACGCCGUCUCAGCAGACGUCUAUCAGUCGUCAACCGCCCCUUCGGAGUUGGUGAAGUUACUGUCGCACUUCGAUCUGCCUCUAAAGCGUUUCGAGAUGCUUACCCAGUACGCCUUGGAGGCGCACACCAGCCUGCAAGAUGCGAAAGCAGCGCCGUGGCUUGAGACGUUUGAUCCAAAGAUGCUAAAGCCCUUGGCACCACAAGCUCCGCCUGCGCCGGAGCCGCCGAAGGCCGAGGCUUCACCGCCUCCCGCAGACGAAGCCUCGCAGCGGGCCGCUUCGAUGAAUCACCUUAAAGAGAUCAUUCUUGCGCUGCUUACCUUCAAUGACGCCCAGAAAAUCUUUCCGAGCGUCGUCGAUGGGGGGCUUAGUUGGCGGGUCGAGCUUCUUCCAUUGCUGGGUUACGAAGGUCUUCACCACGAGUUCCACCACGAUGAGCCGUGGGACAGCCCUCACAACAUCACGCUGCUGAAGAAGAUGCCCGACGUAUUUCGCGACCCGCGAUCGAAGCUUCCCAUCGACAGCGGCAAGACGAACUACGUGGCUGCUGCUGGGCCGGGUGCGUUCAUGGCGCCGAACCAGUCUCGCCAUAUCGAAGACAUCCGUGACGGAACUUCGAGGACCAUCGCGCUGAUAGAAGUGAGCGACGAGCACGCCGUCGAAUGGACCCGGCCGAUCGACUUCGACACCGAGGCCUACGCGGACGACCCGCGCCGCGGGAUCGGGUCGAUCGGAUCGAGCGGCAUCCUCACCUCGCUGGUUGAUGGCAGCAGCAAGCUGAUCGGCGAUGACGUUUCUAGCGAAGCGCUCCGUGCGAUGCUGUUGAUUGAUGAUGAAGCGUUGGCAGGGGGAGGAAAGCCCUCUGGUGGAGAGGCUGAGUUUGGAGGGGAAACGCUCUCGCCGACCGAUGCCGCCGAGUCCUUACAAAAAGGUUGGCGCCUGUUUUUCGCACGGGACCAACGCGGCGCCGAGGAGGCCUUCCGGCAGGUGCUCGCUGCCGAGCCGGGCAAUCUCUCAGCGGUAAACGGGCUCGGCUUCGCCGUCCUCAACCAAGGGCGGCCCGAGGAGGCGAAGCCGUUCUUCGAGCAAAUCGUGGCGGAGACGCCGGACGCGCCGGGGCCCCUCAAUGGACUGGCCCGUUGCCUUGAGGCCGAAGGGGAUAUCGACGCCGCCGUGGCGAUCUGGGAGCGACUCGUCGCCGCCGAGCCCGACAGGCUGAUCGACCCGGUCUACUCUCUGGCCCGUGUCUACGAAGAGCGCGGCGAGCACGAGAAGGCGAAGCCGCUGAAGGCGCGGAUCGCCGCUGAGCAGCCCAACGCGGAAGAGUAUCGGGAACUCUUGAAGGAGCAGGCGAAGAAGGCCAGUGCGGAUAGGGCCGGCGCCGAAAGCCAAGUCGAUGACGCCUCCUCGGCGGAAGGCGCCGCAAGCAACCAGUACGGCCCCGACUCGACGAUGAAGCAGGGGCAGUGGCGCGUGUUCCAUGAGCCGUCGGAACUCGACCCCGAGGGUUGGUGCGUGAUCGCGGAGGUCCGCGACGGCGAACACCUCCCCAUCUUGCUCCCCGGCGACGAGCGGCCCCGCCCCCACCUCAAGCGUGACGGGGACCGCGACAAGUGGAGCUUCCGCGUCAUCGACCCCGGCCAUCCGGAGGACGGAAAGCGGAUCUCAGGCGGGGGAUGGGCGGGGGAAGUCGUGGAGGUCCGCGGCGUACGGUUCAACGUGAGCACGUUGAGCAAUGGUCCCAGCCCCGACAUCGCCCUGGUGCUGAUCCGCGGCGAACAAGGCCGCACGGCCGACGAGUUGGCGGAGGACUUGCCGAAUCACCGCGUGGCGCGACGAUUGCUUCAUGAGUCAUCGCAAUCGAACGAUUCCAAAGAACUCCGAUCCCCCGACGACAACGCCGAGCUAAAGCAAGGGCUUUGGCGGGCGUUCACCGAGCCGUCGGCGCUCAACGAUUUCGAGUCGAUAGACGAUGAAGCGCUUCGCUUCCGUCUCGUUGAUCCAGGGGGUGCGAAGGACGGCAAGGAGCUCAAGGUCAAGGCGAUCACCGGGUCGGGGCGUGGAACUUUUAUCCGGGACCAAUCGGUGGGGGUGUCGUACCUCGGCCCCGCUGACAACUCAGACGCUGUGAUAGUUUUACUGCGCGCUGAUUCGUUGGACUCCGACGGAGGGUUGAAGUCGUCGCGGUCGGCGCCGCCGACGCUCGAAGGAGCGCGACGUCUGCUCCAUUCCCGGUCGUACGACAAGCUCAAUGAGUUCGUUGCAACACCAACCGCCACCCGCGCUCCCGGUCGAGUCGAUUACUCCGACGGCAAGGCGGACGGCAAGAAGUCGCUCGGCGGGAGCGGGCAUCUGCUGCGCUUUGAGCUGCCCGAGGGGGCGCUGGGCGUGAAGGCGGUGCGUAUCCACGGUUCGCGUUAUGGCGCGCCCGAAGCGCCGGACGAGGAUUUUGAGGUCGCGUUCUUGAGCGAGGAUCGGUCGGAGAUCUUGGCCGUCGAGCACGCCCCUUACGGGCUGUUCCGGCGCGGGCCCGAGGCGUGGACGACGGUCAAGUUCGACAAGCCGGUGGUGGACCUGCCGGAGAAGUUCUGGGUGGCGAUCAACUUCAACCCGGGCCGCACGAAGGGGGUCUACUUCAGUUACGACACCUCGACCGGCGGCGAGCGUUCGAUGACCGGAACGUCGCAACAGCAGCCCGACCAGCACAAGCCCGUGGAGUUCGGCGGCGACUGGAUGGCGUCGAUU